UGUACAGAAGAGUGGAGCUUCAACAUCCGGGCAAUAGUCAGCUUGCGCAGAAACGGAAUGGCGGAGGUGGAUGAAAGGCCUCUGAAUCUGGCCUAGUGCGGAUCCAUGAGGUACAGAAAUGAAGACACACAGCAGGGAAAACGCAAAUCUUCGUAGGCCUUAGAGGAGUUGAAGGGGAACUCUCCUCACCUCAUGAAGAUGGCAGCGCAGUCCCCCACUGCCAGUGAGCUUCCCUUGGAGCAGCUGCUGGCUCUGUAUGGAUAUACUGUACCAGAGCCAGAGAAGGAGACCUGUCGCCUGGCUGCCAGCCUGCCAGACAUGACACUGGACAAGGAGCUUUUACCUGGGGAGGAAGAAGAGGAAUCCUCAGCAGAUGAUCUCACCCCAUCAGUCACCUCAAACACCUCAGAUCUACUUCGCCGCUUGCAAGGUGGAGACAAAGACACAUUAGUUGACUCAACAGAUGAGGAGUCUGAUGAUGCUUCUAUUCCCUCCAAUGAAGAACACAAGGAGAUCAUGGUUGGUUCGAUGUAUCAAGCAAAAAUCCCUCCGCUCUGCCCAUACACCUACCAUGAAAAAGCCUAUAACAGUGAGGACCAGUUGCUUUGGAGACCUGGGGUUCUGCCGGUGCAGGAGGUGGAAGAGUUUUUGUUGAAAACACAGAGACCACAAAGCCAGGAGGGGGCAGCAUGCACACAAACACAAGGGGACAGUGUGCGAGAUAAUGAACAGGCACUGUAUGAACUAGUGAAAUGCAACUUCAAUGCAGAAGAGGCACUGAGACGAUUACGCUUCAAUGUGAAAGUGAUAAGUGAAGACCUGUGUGCCUGGAGUGAAGAGGAGUGUAGAAGCUUUGAGCAUGGUUAUCGAGUAUAUGGGAAAAACUUCCACCUCAUUCAGGCCAAUAAGGUACGAACACGCUCAGUAGGGGAGUGUGUCGAGUAUUACUACAUGUGGAAGAAGUCCGAUCGUCAUGAGUACUUUACCCAACAAGCCACCAGGCUGAGCCGCAAGAAGUACAACCUGCAGUCAGGGAGCAUGGAUGAUGGAGACCAGGAUGGGGAUGUUGGGGAGUUGGAGGGAAGGAACACUUGCUCAGGCCUGUUGUCUCACAGCUCCUUGGGCUCUGGACAGUUAGAGUCUUCAGUUCCUCAACAGUCAACCCUGGACCUGGACAAACAGGAUGGAGAGUUGGUGAUGGGGCUGUCAGAGCUGCGUAGUGACAGAUGUCCUCAGCAGCUGUUUGGGUGUCCCUACCCUCUCCCACCCAUGGACGACCUGCAGGACCCAGGCUCUGGCAGAUGUUGUCCCUCAGCCCCGGCCCACCUCCAGUUCCAGCCCUCCUCCAUCCAGAGCUCCACCCAGUGGGUCUGUGGAAGCCCUGCGUCCCAUCCCGGCGAACACCUCCCGGGCUCCUGCUUCUAUCAGCUACACAUGCGUGGAGGUGCGGCUUUUGUUUCCGAAGGCCCCGACUGUGGCACAACAGGUGGUGGGACCGGUGCCCCCCACAGGCUCCAGGUGGAAAUCAGCCUUCCGUCCACCUCACGUCCCUCGUCUGCUGUCCUCCCAUCACACUUCCAGGCGUUUGGCAGCCUGUUGCACCCUACCCCGUCCAACAUCCCCGCUCUCUCACACAGUGAUGGGGCACAGGGACAUGGAAACGAAGUGGCACUCUAUGUGGUUUACCCUGAAAAGAGAUUAUUGUCUGUAGUCUUUAAACCAGGGUCAGCAAAAACCAAGACUAAAAGUGCAUUUAAUUAACUUUGUGAAAAGGACGGACCUAUCUGUGUUGGGGCUUCAUUGUUUGCCCUUGUUUUUAAACUGAGACACUUGAACCCUUGUCCGUUGUGGAACAGCCACCAUUAAUCACUACCUUCAGGUGUUGAUUAUUUGUUUAUUAACCUUUAUUUACCACAUCCAGCAGAUGUACAAUGCUAUUGAUUGGCUAUGACGAACACAAACUUCUGAAAGCACUGUAGGUAAUGAGAAGUGCUUUGAAAAGCUUGUAGUCAGUUUUGACCUUAAACUGACAAAAGUAGGACCAUGCUAACCUCUGUUGCUUCAUUCUGUCGUCAUUUGGGGGAAUUUGGCUGCAUCAGAGCUUUAUUCUGCUUUAAUCCAACACCUUCACAUACUGCUUUGUGUUCUACAUACUGUUCAGCAUCCGGGUACUGCAGCCACUUGAGAUUUGUCGUCGGAGAACAGUGACUUCUAGUCUUACCACUGAGUAAACUCACUGUAAUUCCAAACAGUAGUGGGUUGAAGUCCCACCCACCUUUUCUGAUGGACCAUCACAGGACCUUAUUCCUGAAACUCAGUGGCCAGAGACAAGUGUGAAUUGUGUAAUCAGUUACACAUUUGUCAAUUCAAAAAAGCUUUUGCAAGUUAAAAACAAAUCAAUGGUAUAUAAUAUUUUUGAAGUCAUAAAACUGUGAAAAUGCGCAAAGGUUGUAGUCAUUUUCAUCUCUUAAAGGUUUUCAGUUGUUUGUGAGGAGUGAGGUGAAAUGUUUUGAGGUGAUGUGUUUUUGGUGACGUGUGUCACAGGAGUUAAGAGAUGCCGCCCACUGAGCUGUUUCACAAAACUAAAUGGUACCGUAAAGUCUAAACCACAAACUGUGACUUAUUUUUUUUAACUUGCAGAAUUAUCUUUUGAAUUUAGAAACAUUAUAUGUGUAAUUGACAGCAGAAUUCACACAGGAUCUAAAAAGCGUGUCUCACCAUUGACUGCCAUACAUAUAUUUUCCCAUGGUGCACAGCGAAAUAGUUCACCUAAUCAUAAACAUACUUAGUCCGCAGUGUGUCCAUACUCCUGACCUCUUCUGUUCUCUACAUCUGUGGACUAACAGCAUUUGACUACGGAACAGUUUAGGGUCAGAAAUUGUUGGCAAUAUUUAUAAUUUGUUUUAAUCUUGGUUUUUGGUUUGUGAAAGUUUUCAUCCUUAUUCUCUGAAGAUUUCUAUAGAGAUUUAUACAAUGAUUUCUCAUUAUUUCUGAUGGUAUUUCUGCCAUAUUGAAUAUUUAGUACAAUUAAGAGCCUGUUUAAAAGAAAGAACUGCUCUGAAUACACUAUGUCAAUGUAAAAAUGUUCAUUCUUAGGUUGUUUACUGAAUACAAGUGGUUUCUCAGGUUCUGCAGCACUGCAACGAGGCUGUCGUCAUAGUGACUGACUGUCAAAGAACUGUCGCACACUGUCUCUCUGAAAGAGUGUCAGACAUACAGAAACAGAGAUAUGAUUGUUAUUUUGUAACUAGAGCUUACAUGUCCAAAUAUAGUCACAGAUGUUGGGUCUGAAA